AUGAGUUUAACCAAUGGCAGACAAGGAAAUGAUGAAGAGAAGCCAAUUCCCUCUCUUUACAGAGAGAAAGCUUGGGCAUCUCCUUAUCAUUACCAUCUAUUUCAAAACUUUUGGUGUCCAUCAAUUCAUGUCCAAGCAGUGGAUAGUUUUCAAAAAAACUUCCAAGCAAAAGAAAAUGACGUUAUUGUUGCUAGCUUUCCAAAGUCAGGUACUAUGUGGCUAAAGGCUCUUACUUUUGCCAUUCUCAACCACCAACGUUUCUCCUCUUUAGAGAAUCAUCCAUUGCUCACUGCCAAUCCCCAUGAACUUGUUCCUUUCCUUGAAUACAUCUUUGGUGGUGAUAUUCAUGACCAAAUUCACCUCCAAACCAACAAGCCUGAGCCAAGAGUUUUUGGAACUCACACUCCAUUUCCUUCCUUACCCAAGUCACUCAAGGAGUCUAAUUGCAAGAUAAUCUACAUCUGCAGAAACCCAUUUGACAAUUUUGUUUCUGCAUGGAACUAUUUUAACAAAAUCAAGCCUCUGUCUUUACCUGCAUUACCAUUGGAUGAAGCUUUUGAAAUGUAUUGUGAUGGGAUAAUUGAUUAUGGUCCAUGGUGGAGUCACAUGUUAGGGUAUUGGAAAGAGAGUAUUGCCAAACCAAACAAGGUUCUAUUCUUGAAGUAUGAUGAUCUCAAAAAGGAUACCAAUUUUCAUGUCAAAAGAAUUGCAGAGUUUUUUGGUUGCCCUUUCACCCAGGAAGAGGAGAGUAAUGGAACUAUUGAAAGCAUAGUCAAGUUAUGCAGCUUUGAGAAGAUGAAGGACUUGGAAGUGAACAAAUCUGGAAAAGUUGGCAGAGAAGGUAUUGAAAAGAAGAACUUUUUCCGAAAGGCAGAGACAGGAGAUUGGAUAAACUACUUUUCCCCUCCUAUGAUCCGAAAAUUAUCCAAAAUUGUUGAAGAAAAAUUAGAUGGAUCGGGUUUGUCAUUCAACAAUUGUUCUUAG